CUGGACGCAGGCCGUGAGUCCCCGCGUACAGGGAAAGAAAGGUCCCCACGAACCGAGUGCCCGGGCCCCAGAGAUAUUGGACAAGAGGUCUGCUCCACCCAAGCCUCUGCUGACCCGGGGAACUCGAAGGACGCAGAGUCCAGCUUACUUUUAAGUCUCUUCUAAACCACGUACUACUAAACUCACGCCGCUCCCUGCCUGCACCCCCAUUCCCUAUCUUCUGCACCCCUAGAAUGGUUUCCAGCACGGUCUCUGCGCGCCACAAACUCCGCUAGGAACGCUCGCCCCAUCUAGCCCCGCCCCGUGACACCUCGCCCCGCCCAGGCGCACGUGUAUAGACCUCAUCAUGCUGGGAAGUCUCGCGGUGCCAAACUCGAGAGGUCGCGCGAGUGCUCAGCGGAGGGGUGGGGAGAAUGGCUGCCGGAAGGCGAUGCGGCGCGAGGCAGGGGGUCGUGGGGCGCGUGCGCACUCCGUAGCUCUUCUUGGCGCUUCGAUCUGGCGUUCUGCUUGCGCUCUGCUUCUCUUCUUUCUCCUCUUCUCUCCGACCUUACGGGUCGCGGGCGGCGGUCUCCAGUUCGGCCGGUCGGCGAGCUCUUGAGUGGCUUGGCAGAGAACGGGCUGCGCACGGCUUGGAGGACGCUGUGGAGCGGAAAGGCUCCCGAAGCAUGGCUGAAAACCGGGAGCCCCGUGGGGCCGUCGAGGCUGAGCUGGACCCGGUGGAGUACACCCUUCGGAAACGCCUUCCCCACCGCCUGCCCCGGAGACCCAAUGAUAUUUACGUCAACAUGAAGACGGACUUUAAGGCCCAGCUGGCCCGCUGCCAGAAGCUGCUGGACGGAGGGGCGCGGGGUCAGAAUGCGUGCACUGAAAUCUACAUUCACGGUUUGGGCCUGGCCAUCAACCGUGCCAUCAACAUCGCCCUGCAGCUGCAGGCGGGCAGCUUCGGGUCUUUGCAGGUCGCUGCCAACACCUCCACUGUGGAGCUUGUGGAUGAGCUGGAACCGGAGACUGAUACGCGGGAGCCCCUAACCCGAACCCGAAACAACUCAGCCAUCCACAUCCGGGUCUUCAGGGUCACACCCAAGUAAUUGAAAUGAAGCCACACACAGUUCGGUCCCAACGUGGCUGUCCUGACUCUUAGGUGCUAAGUACUGUCACAGACUACCUGCGAGAGCCAUGUAAGAAGCCCAAAAGACUGAAUUGAGGGUGGGACAGUAAUUUCUUAUGGGGCCCAAGCAGUGGCUUUUUCUUGUCCAGGACAAUAAAAAGUACGAAGUUGUGUUG